AGAGCCACAACAACAUUCAAGUCCAUUCUAUUUACAUUUUGAAUUUCGAAUUUUCGAACAAAUCACUCGUCUCAAAUGUCAAACGCUGAAGCGCAAGCAAUAAAAAAAAAACAACAUAACAAACACCAAACGUCAAAUGAAUCAUGCAAAGUAUCAUUCACGAUUCGGGUAGUGAUUAAGAAUUUUUAUUUUGUGUGAUAUUUAAUUAUUAUUUAUGCGAUAUUGAGAAAACUACCAAUUUUUUUCCUCUGUGUUUUGUAAAGUUUUCCAUUGUAAAUUGAAUUGAAGAUAACGUUAGGCCUAUGGAGCGUAAAGAUGAAGCAGCAGUCGAACGCCAAAAGCUUGUAGACGAUGGAGAGGCUGAAAAUGAUGAUGAUCAGACAAAUAUCUCAACAAAUGUACCACCGAUCAGUGCACCGAAGUCCGUCCAAACACCAAAUUCACCCGUUCUAAGCAAUCGAAUAUUCUCAAGUGGUGAAACAAGUCGAACACAAGACUCUAGCAAUUGUUCCGUUAUCAAAGGAGCCACCGAUCCACCACGGCUUCAUUAUGUCAACGAAAGAGAACAACGCAAACAGAAUGAUCCAAAACCAGAUAAAAACAAACCACGAAAAUUGCCCAGAGGCUUACAAAGUAAUGUAGAUGCACAAUCAAGCGCUAGUUUUGACACACGUUCACUCAAACAUCAUUCAUUUAUAUCAGAAGUACCCGAUGUUCGUCAUAUGGAGAAAGCACUGCUUGGAUUGUUAGACGAUUUUCACUCGGGAAAAUUGAAAGCGUUCGGUUUUGGUUGCACAAUGGAGCAAAUGACGGAUAUUCGACAGCAACAAGAGAGUCUAGCAAAGCUUCAUUUUGAACUUGGCUCUGGUGGUGAUCCGUUCAAUAGCAAAAAUGAUCUCAACGCACAGGAAAACAUGUCCAAAUUGGUUCAGAAAUUGGAAAAUCUGUCUGUAUCAAUAGAAAAACUCCAUUCAAGCAAUACAAACUUAUAAAUCGCAAUUUCCAUUGGCAACCGUGUCAAAAUGAAAAACCAAAACCAACAACAACAACAACAACAACAAAAUAUCAAAUAGUUCUGCCAACACAUCGCGUGUUCAGGCCAUUGAAUCGCGCGGUUCUUUGGUUGCUUUUAUACAUGAACCCAAAAAGUGCUAAUAAUAAUUAAGAAGUGUGAGCAUCGAAUGCAGCUAGCCGAAGAUGAAUUAUGUUUUUAUUAUUUUUAUUGGAAAAAGGAAAUUGACAGAUUUUUUUUUAUUAUUCUAGCCCGAGUAUUAGUAGGUUAUUGAGCUCAUAUUGACAUUAAUUUCGUGAAUGAUUUUUAGGAUAGAUGAGCCAAGUUCA